GAGAAGUGCGUUUCUGCGGCAGCAUUCUUCGUCCAUUCGUCUCUUAUAGGCACACUAAAAUGGCGUCUGCUCCGGAUUACAGCUCCUACAACCAGACCGGGGCUCAACAGGGGUAUGCUUCCUAUGCUGCCCAGCCCUCACAGAAUUAUGGACAAUCUGCUCAGCAAAGCUAUGGCCAGCAGAAUUAUGGCUCAUAUACCCAACCUGCUGCAGCAGCUGCUGAUAGCAGUUACAGUCAGACAACACCUGCAGCUGGAGGCUACCCCCAGCAGCAGCAACAGUAUGGAUCUGGAUCAUAUGGCCAACCAGCAUCAGCUGGCUACCCUGCUGCCCAGUCUGCUACUCACAGCUAUUCACAGUCAACCCAGGGUUACGGAGCCAGUGGUUAUGACAGUACUCCUGCUGCUGCUGCUCCAGCUGCCUCCCAGUCUUAUGGCUCUCAGCCAGGAUACACGGCUCAGUCUGCCUACCCUGGUUAUGGCCAACAGGCUGCUCCCACUGCCCCUCAGAGUUACAAUGCUAACAGCCAGCCGGCUACUUACAACCAGAAUAGCUACUCCCAGCCAGCAGCAUAUGGUCAGCAACAACCUGGUUACCAAGGCCAGCAGGCAGGCUACAGCCAGCAGCAGGGAUACCAACAGCAGACCCAGCCACAGCAACAAGCUCCUCCUGCUUACCCUCCUCAGGCCGGUGGAUCAUAUGGGCAGCCUCCAGCCAACCAGUACAACCAGCAAGGUGGACCACCCAGUUACAAUCAGUCCAGCCAUUACAACAGUUACAGGCAGGAUGGGCAGGGUGGAGGUUCUGGUUAUCCAGGCUCUGAGCCUACGAGGUACCCUGGAGUAGGGGACAGCAGGGGUCCUGGAAGGGACUUUGACCGUGGUGGAAUGAUGCAUCGUGGGCGCGGAGGCAUGGGGCGCGGCAUGGGCAGCGCUGGAGACAGAGGUGGCUUCAGUAAGCCUGGUGGACCUAUGGGCGACAACGAGCGUGAGAUGGGACGCCCAGAGGAGCAGGAUGACUCAGAGAACAGCACAAUUUAUAUCACAGGAUUGACUGAGAAGGCUAACCUCGAGGAAAUGGCUGAAUUCUUCAAACACGUCGGUCCGAUUAGGAUUAACCGCAGACUUGGCCAGCCUGCGAUUAACAUAUACACAGACAAGGACUCUGGAAAGCCAAAGGGGGACGCCACACUGUCCUAUGAGGAGCCAAUUUGUGCCAAAGCAGCUGUGGAGCAUUUUGAUGGAAAAGAGUUCCAAGGCAGAAGACUUAAGGUGUCCAUGGCACGCCGAAAACCCAUGAUGGGUGGAAUGAGAGGUGGUAUGCCUAUGCGAGAUGGCAUGAUGGGACGUGGAGGUAUGAUGGGCCGUGGCGGAGACCGUGGUGGUUUUGUCCCACGAGGUGGUCCACGUGGUAUGGGCAGAGGUGGACCAACAGGAGGCAACAUGCAGCAGAGAGCUGGUGACUGGGAGUGUCCUAAUCCGGGUUGUGGCAAUCAGAAUUUUGCCUGGAGAAUGGAGUGUAACCAGUGCAAAGCUCCCAAACCAGAAGGGUUGGGUGGUGGUCCUCCAUUUCCCCAUGGAGGUGACCGUGGCAGAGGUGGAAUGGGAAUGCGUGGUGGCAGAGGUAUGGACCGUGGCGGUCCAGCAGGAGCCGGAGGGCCCGGUGGACCCGGCGGCCCUGGAGGUUUCCGUGGAGGCUGGGGAGGUGACCGAGGUGGAUUCAGAGGACGUGGUGGAAUGGACAGGGGAGGGUUCCGUGGGGCUGGCCGUGGAGGACCACCGAUGGACCGAAUGGGUGGCAGAGGUGGAAGAGGAAUGGGACCACCAGGGGGCAAGAUGGAUAUGAGGGACCAUCGUCAGGAGCGCAGAGACCGACCUUACUGAAGGAGAAGCUCUUGAUCGUUCCUCUUGUGGAAUUUGAUUUUUAGAAGAAUUUUUUUUUUUAAUUUAUGAUUCCGUAUUUUGAUGGUUAUAGAACUGCUCUCACGCAACCUGUGCAGUUACAUUCAUAUCGUUUCCAUAUUUUUUUUUUUUCCUCUUCAUUAGUUUACCCAUGUUUAUGCUAAAUCUUGUAUUGUGCAUGUUUUUUUUUCCUGUUAUUGCUUUUUUUCCUCUUUUUUUUUUUUUUUAAAAAGAUGCAGAUUAGGUUUGACUUUGUAUUGUAAAAUCCAGUAUUUUUCAUUCAUUAACAAACUGUCCUUUCCCAUAACUAACUAUUGUAUGUUGAUAAAUGUGGGAAAUAAAAUUUUACUUAAUUAA